CCAGUUCUUCACGGAGCCCAACCUCCAAUACCGCCCAACGCAAGACAGCGUCGGCAAGCGUCGCUCCGCUUCGACCUCAUCUAUCGUCCAGAGGAGGGUCAUCGGCGAGCCCAUCAAGACGACCAGGGAAUUCAAGAAGACGAUGAGGAUCCUAUGGUCGCAUCCGAUCGCCGACACGCCCCCCCCGUCACCGAUCUUGGCUGUUGCGGGACCAUCCACCCUGCCUGCCGCCCUUCCCAAGCCUGCAGCCGCUCUCUCGUUGUCGUCAUUCUCGCCCGCCGCUGGCCCUCCUCCUCCUCCUCCUCCUCCUCAUCAUCAUCGCCUGCCGCCGUCGCCGUCGCCUCCUCGUUUCUGGCUGCCGCCAUCUUCUCGCACGCUCGGCCCACGGCCAUGAUCCUUUACAUCUUCGGCGAUGCCAAGGCGGGGCGCCAUGUUUGAGGCUCGCACGGUGCAAGAGUACUUGGAGAUGGCAAGCGACCCGGCGAGGCGCAAAGGCGAGCUGAUGCACCAGAUGGUCAUCGGCGAGUCCCGCCGCCAAGUGCACCAUCUUGGCUACGCCAUGGCCCCGGAGACCCACAGGCACCAGUUCAUGGCGACCGAGGGUCAGACGUACGACCUGUCUGAGCAUACGCUUGGUAAGCGCCGCCCUGCCGUGGGUUCGUCCUUCGUUUCGAGGACAGUGCUUGGAGAGCCCAUCCUCUCCACAACACAAUUGCUCAAGACCAUGAGGAUUAUGUUGUCGCACCCUCUCUCGGAUUCGCCCCCGUCCUCGCCGAUCCUGGAGGUGGCGCCCCCGUCCGCCCCCGUCUCCGCCGUCGCCGCCGCUGGUCCCUCGACCUCCUCCUCAUCUCCUGUCACCGCCGCCGCCUCCUCCUCCUCCGUCCUGGCCGCCGCUGGCCCGUCCGCCUCGUCCUCAUCAUCAGCCAUCGCGCUACGCUCAAGAAUUGCCCUCGCCGCCGCUCCCCGCCCAUCGCCCUCUACCUCGUCGUCAUCAUCCUCAGCCAUCGCCGGACCCUCAACGCUGCAGCCUGUCGCCCCCGCUGCUUCCUCGUCCAAGCUCCUGGCAGCGCGCAAACGCCUCUCGCUGGACGACCCCAUGAGCUUCUUGGCGAUCAAGAAGAGGCCAUGGACGGACAUGGACUACCCGGACUCGGAUAUGGACUUGCGGGCGAAGAAGCUGCGGUGGAUCCAGUCGCCCGAUGGAGAAAGGGUGGCCCUGCUCCGUGAGGCCGAAACAGAGGAGAGGGAGAGGCAGCGGCAGCAGCAGCAGCAGCGAGGGCAAGCUGAUUCGAUGGGUCCAUAGGAGGAUGUCUGGGGUGAAGCGAGAGGGCGAGCUGAUGCACCAAAUGGUCAUCGGCGAAGCUCGUCGUGGGACGUACUCGCUUGGCUUCGCGAUGGCGCUGGAGACGCACAGAUACCAGGUCUUUGCCACAAAGGACCUCCAGUACCACCCAACGGAAUUUACGGUUGGGAAGCGUCGCCCGGCCUCGAGGUCGUCCUUCGUCCAGAGGAGGGUCAUCGGCGAGCCCGUCGUCAGCAGCAAGGAGUUCUGCAAGACCAUGAGGAUCACCAUGGCGCACGCCCUGCCCGACGAUUUGCCCUCCCCGUCGCCGAUCCUGGCCGUCGCGGGACCUUCGACCCUGCCUGCCGCCCGCUCCGCCGCCUCGUC